AUGAAAUAUCCAUUCUCCAUCUCCUCUCCCUACCUCCUUUCCCUUCUCUCCAUCUCCACCACCCUCCCAUUCACCCACGCAAUCCCCGCCCCCCAAAUUCCAGGCUUCACCCUAACCUGGUCUGACACCUUCUCCGGCGCUGCUGGCUCCCCCGCCUCCCCAAAAAACUGGCAAUACGAAACCCCUCUCACAAACCAAAACAACGAAAUCCAACACUACACAUCCUCCCCCUCAAACGCCCACCUCUCCAACACCUCCACCCUCCAAAUCACACCACUCCACACCUCGGGAACAUGGACCUCCGCGCGCCUCAGCACACAUCAAACAUUCCACUGUCCCCCCAAUAACCAACUACACCUCCAAGCGCGCAUCAAACUGGGCAACAAUCCCUCAACCCAUCAACAAGGCAUCUGGCCCGCCUUCUGGACUCUAGGUUCUUCCUUCCGCAACGAUGGUCUCUGGCCACAGUGCGCAGAAUGGGAUAUCAUGGAACAGGUAAACGGUGCUUCUAUUAAUACGGGUACGAUACACUGGGGUAAUACAUCGUCACCGUUAGCGAUUGCUUCGUCGGGGAUACCGUAUGAGCGUGCGCAGUGGCAUGAGUAUGCGGUGCGGAUUUCUAGGGUGGGGGAAAGGGAAGAGCAGAGUAUUAGUUGGGUUUUGGAUGGGAGU